AUGUCGCUGUCGGGAGAGCAACUUUACGCCAUUUCGGUAACAGAACGGACAUGCUCUGCAGUCUCUCUGCUAGGAACCAGCAUCAUUAUCGUCUCGUUUCUCUCAUCUUCGUCCUUUCGCAAGCCCAUCAACCGGCUGGUCUUCUACGCCUGUCUAGGCAAUAUCAUGGCCAAUAUCGCUACCUUGAUCUCGCAGUCAGGUAUUCACGCCGGCGUCAGCAGCAAUCUGUGUCAGAUGCAGGCAUUCUUGAUCCAAUGGUUCAUGCCUGCCGAUGCCCUAUGGACCUUCGCCAUGGCGUUCAACGUCUACCUUACCUUCUUCCAUAAAUUCAAUUCAGAUCAGCUGCGGCGAUUGGAAUGGAAAUACUUGGUUCUAUGUUACGGUCUCCCUUUCAUCCCGGCGUUCGUCUACUUUUUUAUCAAGAGCACGUCCCGAGGGAGAAUAUACGGAUCGGCUAUACUCUGGUGUUGGGUUACACAAAGCUGGGACUUUCUACGACUCGCACUCUUCUACGGCCCCGUAUGGCUUGUCAUUGUCUUAACCCUAAGCAUCUACGCCCGAAUCGGGGUCCUCAUCUGGCGACGAAGGCGACAACUCAAAGAAGCCGGCGCCCAUGACACCCCAAUCGAUCUCGCAAACUCACAAGACCCCCCAUUCUCCAAGGUCACCGAAAUCCGCAUCACGAGAGAAACUGCCCGAUGUUUGCCCCCGGGGGAACUGCGUCUCUCCUUCGACCAAGCUUCUAGCUUUGCCGCUCCGCGAAACUACAUGCAACUGGGCCAUCGUCCAUACUCGGUCUCCGUCCAAGCAGGCAAUCUCGUUCCGCCUCCCAAUGCCCAACUGGACCCGGCUCGCGAUGCGGAAGCUCCAGAACCGCCUCCACACCACCGUGCAUACCGCCGCGGCUCGACAGCGUCCGAGGUAAACUCUGCAGCUUGGGCGUAUACCAAAUACGCCAUGUUAUUUUUUAUCGCGCUGCUCGUUACCUGGGUCCCCUCAACAAUCAACCGAGUGUACGCAUUCGUUCUCCCCGGAUCUCCUAAUUUCGGACUAAACUAUGCUUCCAGCUUUGUUCUCCCCCUGCAAGGAGAAAGCGAGCGCGAGCGCGAACGAGAACGAGAACAAAUCUCCCCCUCCCCCCCCCCCGCCGCACCCAUCGCGCAAACGCCCGGCCCUCGCGUCUCGCGCCUCCUCGAAAUCUACGAACAAGCACUCGCUCGCACGAUCCGCGCAAACUCCUACGCGAACUUCUCCGCGUGUUUCCCGACCCCGGCGAAACAUGUGCCGGCGAGUUUGGAGAGCGUGUGGCGCCAGCUCAACGCGAAACUCGAGGAGAGCGCGAAGGCCGAGUUUGAGGAUAUCCUUGCCGAGAGGGAUGCAGUGAGGCAGCUGAAUGAGUUGGAUCGCUUGGUCGGGGAGGCGAAGCUGAGGAGGGAUUCUGGUAUGGAUGAUAGGGGGGAGGGGGCGGUGGAUGGGAAUAUUGCACCGCAUACCUUACCUCCUGAGGAAUUGUUCAAGGCGCAUCUUACUCCGCAUUUAGAGAAGAGUAGGCAGGUGCUGGAUGCGAAAAUCGAGGCCACGGAAGCGCAGAAUAUCGAGCUCGCGCAGAAGGUGCAGGGCCAGAGAGCUGAGAUCGAGCGGUUGCUGGUAGGGUUGGAGGCUGUCGUGGCGGAUGUGGAGGGCGCUGCGGCGGCUGCGUCGCAGUUUGCGGAUGAGAAUAGUCUCCGCAAGGAGGCGUUGCAGAUGGACCAGGAGGUCAAGGCCCGUUUGGAUAUGUGA